UUCUUUUUUUAUGUAUAUCUCCGCCUCUUGUUAGCUUCUUGGCUAUCCACCGAGAAGCAUACACCGGCAAACUUUACAAAAUGGGUUAAAGAAUUGGGUUUUCUAACAUGUACUCUGGGAAAGUACGCACAUGUAUUACAACGAUUAUCUUAACUUCAACCGUUUUUCUCUAUGUCUUCUAGAAAGCGUAAAAGAUACUCCAAGGACAUAAAGUGUGUCUUUUUUCCGGAUGAUGUCCAAAACAAUCUCCAGAAAGGGGGGAAGGAGUCUUCAUCACUUUCAUCUGUUUCGUCAGCCAGGUGCUGGAAUAAGUGCGGAGACAGUUUUUUGGGCACACCUGUGAUUAAGAACCUCCAGUCAUCAGGAAGAAAGCUAUCUGCCAUUAGGAAGCUGACUCAGUCACCUGCUUUAGGGGAGAGCAGUACUCCUGGCCGUAAUGAUGACCCAGUACAUAUUGCGUGGAGUUCCAGUGACGGUGAACAGUCUGACGAUGACACCCAGGGGCAGCAUCAGUCCAAAGUUGUUUCACAGCAACAAUGGCAACCUCAAAGAGGGGGGAAACCUACAGCUCCCAUUCAGGCUUAUACCAGUGCAUUGAGCAUGCUCACCACUGAUACAGAUGACCUUCCUGUUAUAGACACAGACAGUGAUCUGGAUGAGUCUGGGAAGGAUGUCGAAAAGGAUACUGGGCAACAAAUCUCAGAUUGUGAGUCAGACUCUGCUGAUGAAAAACCGAAAGGCUUUCCUCUUAAAUCUGCAAAUGUCAAGAAGUUUAAGAUCUCAGGUUACGUGUCUGAUGGAGAGGAUAUUGGCAGCACAUUGGCCUCCAGCAAACUGGACUCUGAGAUCUUUCCUCUCCAAACUGGUGAGGGCAGCAAAAGGUCAGUUAGUGACUGGGUGAGGUCUGCUCAGGCGAUGCUUCAGACCCCUCAAAAGCCGAUUGACAGCCAUCCCAAGACCCCAGAAGACUCCGCCAAAAAGAGAAGAAAGUUUCAGAGUGGAGGUCUGGCAGAGAGGCUGAGUCGACUUCAAUGCAGACAGAGGUCAGCUAUCAGUUUCUGGAGGCACGAGUCCAUCUCUGACACCUCAGCAGCAACAACCAAAACAGUGGACAGGCCUGGGGUGCUGGUUCUGGAGGUGCUGGAGGUCCAUGAGGAGUGCAGCUUGCAACUGGCGCACUGUGAGCACCAUCAGCCCCCCAGAGAGGGCCACCAGCACAGCAACCCUGUCUCCAAGGAGAGAACUUGUAUGUUGGUGUUAUUCAACAGAGAGACAGCAGCCCAGCUGAUUGCUGCACCCAGAGAUAUCAUCCACAUAUAUCCUCCAUGGCAAAGUCUUUCUGUAGAGGGCUUCAGCUAUCCUGUCAUUCUGAACACACACUUCAGUCAGAAAGUCUACUCUGCUUCCAAACCAGCCAACACGUCUUUUCCAAGAGUUUGGUCCUCUCCAGAGAGGUGCAUCCCAUAUCAUUUGGGUAAAAUAUUUGGUCUGCUGGAUGAGUGCAGGACCAAAGACGAUAGCAUGGCCAAGCAGGUUACUGCCUCUGAUGCUCUGUGCAGAUUUGGAGGUUCGGGAGUUUUGACGAGACACUGUAUCUCUCUCCUGGAAGCUAUUGAAGGACUUGGCCAGGCUGGCUCCGUGGAACAGGAUGUGGAGGUGGUUGUCCAGAGAGUUUACUCCAUCCCUUUGGCUGACUGCUCUCCCGUGUCCAUUCUCAAACAUAAAAUCCCCCUGCGAUCCUCCACAGCUCCUCCUCCUGCAGAGAAAGGCAAAACCAGGUUAUGUGUGCUUGUCCAGGACGGCUACGGGACAUUCAGCGUGGUCCAGCUCCAUCCCCUGCCUUGUAGUGACGAGCUCCACCAGUACUGCCAGAUGUGGCAGGGGAGGUCAUGUGUGCUGAGAAGCAUCAAAGUGGUGCAGCGGGUCACUCGAGAAAGGCGCUCCAGGCUUUUCAGCUUGAUAGACAGCCUGUGGCCCCCAGCAGUGCCUCUUCAAGUUCACGGAAACUCACUCAGUAUUCCCAGUGAAAGCAGACCUCCAGGUCCAGCUCCAAGGUUCUGUUACCUGCUGUCAGGUCAGCAGAGUUCAGUUGAACCAACUGAGGGUCAAACUGUGUCCCCGCUCUACCUACACCCCACAAACCGAACCUUACGAGACAUACUGGAGAGUGAAAUGAAAACUUGCCGCUGCAGUUUUGUUGCCACAGUUUUAUACAAAAGAAUGCAGAGCACUGAUAUAGGGCAGGGUGAGGUGUGGUUGGUGCUUACAGACCCCAGUCUUCAGGAGGAGCAACCCAAGAGCCCAUGCAAGCGAACAGUGGCUGUGUGUGUGAGCACUUCCUGUGUGCUCACUUCCUCCGUCCUUGAAGCACUGAAUUCCCCCACUGUCUGUCACAUGUCUUUCAGAGAUGCCAUCGAAGAACAUGAUCUUCUCCUCUGUGUGGAGCAGUCUGUUAUUGAGGUGUGCUCUGUUCAUCCUGAGGCAAGCAUAAAGUCCACAACAACGCCAGACUCCCUUUCACAGCCUGUGACAGAGCCCCAGGUAGAGACCAUGCCACGACCUGUGAGACUGGAUCCCCUGAGUCUGGAGACCACACCCAACUCACUCUGCACUCUCACAGGGGUUAUAGUUGGUGUGGAUGAGAAUACAGCAUAUUCUUGGCCUACCUGCAAUUUUUGUGGAAGUGACAACUUAAAAUUGUCAACUAAAAGACCUCAAAACUUCCACUGUGUUUCUUGUAAAUCAACGGUGGACAAACCAGACACAAAGGUCCAGCUAGAAGUGUUCCUCACAUCUUCCUCAUUAAGUAGCUGCACCAUAAAGGUUAAGCUGCAACAAAAAACUAUCAUGUCUGUCCUGAACACCACAGCACUGCAAGGAGAUGAGUUCCAGGGUUGCGAUGUGGAGACUGUCCUGGGAAAAGAGGUGGGUCCCAUCCCUGUUUAUGUCAGAGUCAUCACCAGAAAGCCGGCCCUCUGGGUUGGCCUGGAAGAGGUAUGCCUGUGAGGAUUCAGCUGCCCCCGAGGAUCUGCACGUUGGACCUUGGUCUGAGCCAGUUUAUCCUCCUCUUCCCCCCUCUGAAGGCCUCUCUGACAGCUUGAGGCUGUGCUGAAGACAAGGCCUUGUCUAUGUUAAUGAUAUGUGAUCCUGUGCAGCAGGAGUUGACAGCCCAAGGGUAGGCCAGUGGCAUGCAGUCAGUCAAAUCAACCCACGUGGUUCAUUAACUUAGAUAUGACUCUCAGAGCAGGACUUUUAGCUUUAAAAAAAAAUCCAGCCUGUUUACCUCUGUAUUUGACAUUACUGAUGCUGUCAAUAAAAGCUUCAUUUUUUUGCUGA